AUCUGUUUUCAUAUAAUCUGUGAUAACACGAAGACUAUCCGACCGCUUUAAUUGGUAGUAAGCGACAUAGACAAGUAUACUUAUAAGCUUAUACUGUCAAUCAAGUGCACAAUGGUCGACUACAGCAAGUGGAAAAAUAUUGAGGUGUCUGACGAUGAAGAUGAAACUCAUCCGAAUAUUGAUACUCCGUCAUUAUUUCGUUGGCGACAUCAAGCUCGAGUUGAGCGAAUGGAAGAAAUCAAGCGUGAGCAAGAAGAAUUAGAGACUAAGAAAAAAGUUUUUCAAGAAAAAUUACAAGUUACAAAAAAAAAACUUACGGAAGCUGAACAACAAGGUAUAGAUAAAAAAGAACUUGAAAAUGCGUUAGGUGCAUUAUCAGUUGAGGAGCAAGAGCUGAAGAAAAAAGAAGAAGAAUUUAAAAACAAAGAAAAGGUGUUGCCGUGGAAUGUAGAUACAAUAAGCAAACCAGGUUUUACAAAGACAAUUGUGAAUGCUUCAAAAGUUGCACCAAAAGAUGAAAAUUUAACUGAAGAAGAAAAAGCUAAAAGAUUAGAGGAAUUUAUUGAGGAAAAUAAAACAAAAUUGAAAACGUUUGGUAUGUUUAAGAAGUAUAAAGAUAGUCAAGAGUAUUUGCAAAAAAAUCCACAGCUUGUGUGUGAAGAUACAGCUAACUAUUUGGUGAUUUGGUGUAUUGAUUUACAAAUGGAAGGGAAAACUGAACUAAUGGAGCAUGUAGCACAUCAAACAAUAUGUAUGCAAUAUAUUUUAGAGUUAUCACGACAACUAAAUAUCGAUCCUAGAGCUUGUGUUCCGUCAUUUUUUUCUAGAAUACAAAUGGCAGAAAAACAAUAUAAAGAUUCAUUUGAUGAAGAGCUUUCUAUGUUUAAAGAACGUAUACGGAAAAGAGCUGAAGAAAAAUUGCGUAUUGCUCAAGCCGAAAUAGAAGAGGAAGAAAGACAGGCUAGGCUGGGGCCAGGCGGACUUGAUCCGGUAGAAGUGUUUGAGAGUCUUCCAGAUGAGUUGAAAAAAUGUUUUGAAUCUCAAGACAAACAGCUGCUUCUAGAUACUAUUGCAGCUAUGAAUCAAACAGAUGCGGCAUAUUACAUGAAGCAAUGUGUGGAUUCUGGACUUUGGGUACCCGAUGCGAGUAAAGACACAACUAACAAUGUGGAAGAGGAUAACAAAACUCAAGAAGAAAAUAUUUACAAUGAAGUAGAUUCAUAAAAUAAUACCCUAUUUAAUUUACCCUGUUCAGUAAUAAAUGUAUGAUGUAAUAUUUCAACCCCUCCUCAGACUCCUAUUAAAUAUUUACGAGCAAUUUAUCAGUUAAUAAUUUAGGUUUAAUUGUCGUUUCUAUUUCUUUCU